CGGAGAGGACAACAGGUGAGGAGACUACUGACACGACGGAAGUGACGACGGAGAUCGAUAUUACGGAGACCGACAUUACGGAGACUGAGGUGAUGGAGACGGAGAGGACAACAGGUGAGGAGACUACUGACACGACGGAAGUGACGACGGAGAUCGAUAUUACGGAGACUGACAUUACGGAGACUGAGGUGAUGGAGACGGAGAGGACAACAGGUGAGGAGACUACUGACACGACGGAAGUGACGACGGAGAUCGAUAUUACGGAGACCGACAUUACGGAGACUGAGGUGAUGGAGACGGAGAGGACAACAGAAGUCAGCCUCACGAAAACGGCAAUAAUCACAGUCUCAUCAACGCUGACUAGAUUGAACAAGCCUUUGGAGUGGAAUGACAGUUUAUUGGAUCCCAAUUCCGAUUUAUAUCGAGAUUAUUCAACUCAAAUUUGUGACCUGCUUUUGAACAGCAUCAAUUCAACUUACAUCAAGGGAAUAAUCAAUGUCACUUGCACAGUUGUUGGCUUCUCACGUGGAUCAGUUAUUGGAAAUGCGAUGCUAGUCAUCGAUUAUAGUAGCACUAGUGAGAACUUUUCAUCAACUGUAGUGACAGAAGACACUGUUCGCAAUGCGGUUGUGGAAUACAUAGCAGAAAUAGUUGCCAAUGGUUCAGAUCAAGUACACUUCGGUACAUCAAGUGGUUUGACAAUAGAAACUGUAAUCGAUGCGGCAACCACCGAGAUGAUCACUGAAUCUCAGGAUACCGAAGCUUACAAGACUACGGAGACAACUGAAUUAAGCAAAACAACUUUCAGUACGAAAAGUAUACUAGAACUAUCAAUGACAGUGGAGAUUUUAACAGGAAAUCAACAAACGAGUUGGAAUUCCGAACUGUCUAACAAAUUUUCUGGACUUUACAACAGUACUGGUGAAAAAAUCUGCACUUUGAUAAAAGCCAGCCCUGGAUAUAUUACAUCGGUACCAUUCACCGUACCUACUUGUACUGUUCUUCGUUUUUACCCGGGUUCUGUGAAAUCUGAUGUACAGAUAAUUGUGGAAUAUAUAAAUAACCUCAAUGUGACUCAAACACAAAUUCUUCAAGCAAUUCAGCUGGGUUCACAAUUAUAUAUAAUGGAUCAGUUGAAAAAUCAGUCAAUCGAUUCCAGCCGUAUAUUAUCAUUGAAGUUAAUUAUGCAAAAAGAAACUUGUAGUACGAUCGCAGCAAAAUGUUCACCACAUGCUCAAUGCAUCGAGAGAUCUGACGGUGCUAUUUGUAUAUGUAAUCCAAUGUGGAUAGAUUUAAACGUGCAACAGCCCGGAGAACAGUGUAUCAGUACGUUUAGUUACGUAAUACCUAGCGUUUCACCUUCCCUUCUUCAUCCAAAAAAACUAUGAUGACAAUUAGCACCACUUAAAAUCCAAAACUACAAAGUAAAUAUCUGACGAUAAUACUACUUAUUAAUGAUAGUAAGAAAUUACGCUAAAUGAUUUCUAAGUAGUCAUUGACAGUACAUUUUUCAGUCUUUAGUGUGAAGAAAAUUAUGUAGAUCAAGUUUACUUCAACUUGAUUCUAAUUAUUUAAUAUAAAAUAACAGUAAAUCAAAAUGUUUAUUUUUGUAGCAACACAGCAAGUCGUUCAUCAGAAUUCGGCCGACACUUAUGGUUUAUUAAUCACACAUUAGUAAAUAAUCGAUGACCGAUCAAUAUAAACAUACUGGCUUUGCAAGAGGUCAAUCACGAUAGGAAUAACUUUUUCCUAAAAUAUAUGACUAAAUUAAUAUGUGCAAAGAUGUCACGGAUAUUCAGGGUUUGUCAACUCUUCGAUUUUAGCAUCAAGAAUCCCAAACCUAGUCAAACCAGAGGUCGGGAAUGAAGGAGUUCCAAGAUAUAUUUGGAAGAUAGAAAAUAUGUCGAGAAGUAUUUGAUCUAAGCUGGUAAGUUGUUGCGAGAGAUGUGCAACAUGACGUACCCAAUGGGGAUCUAGUGCGGACGCGUGACCGAAUGCCUCCAGCUAGGGUGUGUCCAGUUAAGCUAAGGAGAUCAGAAUCAAUGUCGAAGACUUCCAGCAUCUUAUAAUAGAGUGUCCGAAAUCUGAUAUUAAUGCACGGUGUGCUACACACUAUCCCACAGCUAACAACUUGAGCGAGAACAAGAGGGUGGAUGGGAAUGAUGUGGACAAAUAUUUAUUUCUAUAUAUACAUCUCUACUCCUUAGAAAGCCGAUCCAUUUAUUAGCCAAUAAUAUGAGUCUAUCAAUUAGGUCACUUAAAAUUGUCAAGUAACCUUCACAUUGGCUGAUUCUGAUUAGCUAACCAUAUUACAAAGUUAUUCAUUUUUGGUAUUCAUUCAUCGCUACAUGAGGAAUCCAUUUAAAUAUCUGGGCAAGCAUUAGUUUUAUCAAGUUUUAAGAAAUCUGCUUCCCAUAGGUCUCAACAAGCGUAAUACUUAGACACAAGAUUUCCUGUUGAUACAAUCUAAAGACUCUUCUCAACUUUUGUUUAAGUUCACUUCAAAAUUAGUAUUCUCUUUUACUAUAAUAUCAGACUAAUUAUACAUUUCCU